GAGAGAAAAGACCGAGGACGAGGAGAGGUCUGCGGGGCCGCGACUACCUGCGGGGAGUUCGCGAGCCGACGCAGCCGGAGAGGAAGGACAAAAAGAAAGCAAAGGGCCCACUGCCACCGUGGGGUGGGGGCAGCGCCGAGAAGUUCCUGUGCUCCCGAGAGGAUCUUCCCGGGCGCCCGGCGGGAGAGACCAGGGAGGCCCGGGGCGCGGCGCGGCCCUGGGCUCAGCCCCCAGCCCCCUCUCCCCGGGCGGGAGCGACGCCGGGGCGCGAAGCUGGGCGCGGCGAGCGCGGGCCGGCCGAACGGGUCCCCGCGGACAGCCAACAUUGAUUUCCUCCGGGCGGAGGGCGACGGCCCGGGCGGCGGCGGCGGCGGGCUGCAGCCGCGGCACGGCGAGAGCAUGUCCAAGCCGGUGGACCACGUCAAGCGGCCCAUGAACGCCUUCAUGGUGUGGUCGCGGGCUCAGCGGCGCAAGAUGGCCCAGGAAAACCCCAAGAUGCACAACUCGGAGAUCAGCAAGCGCCUGGGCGCCGAGUGGAAGCUGCUCACCGAGUCGGAGAAGCGGCCGUUCAUCGACGAGGCGAAGCGGCUGCGCGCCAUGCACAUGAAGGAGCACCCCGACUACAAGUACCGGCCGCGGCGCAAGCCCAAGACGCUGCUCAAGAAGGACAAGUUCGCCUUCCCGGUGCCCUACGGCCUGGGCGGCGUGGCCGACGCCGAGCACCCGGCGCUCAAGGCGGGCGCCGGGCUGCACGCGGGCGCGGGUGGCGGCCUGGUGCCCGAAUCGCUGCUCGCCAACCCCGAGAAGGCGGCCGCCGCGGCCGCCGCCGCCGCCGCGCGCGUCUUCUUCCCGCAGUCGGCAGCCGCCGCCGCCGCCGCAGCCGCCGCCGCGGCCGCCGGCAGCCCCUACUCGCUGCUCGACUUGGGCUCCAAGAUGGCAGAGAUCUCGUCGUCGUCGUCCGGCCUCCCGUACGCGUCGUCGCUGGGCUACCCGACCGCGGGCGCCGGCGCCUUCCACGGCGCGGCGGCGGCGGCUGCAGCGGCGGCGGCGGCCGCCGGGGGGCACACGCACUCGCACCCCAGCCCGGGCAACCCGGGCUACAUGAUCCCGUGCAACUGCAGCGCGUGGCCCAGCCCCGGGCUGCAGCCGCCGCUCGCCUACAUCCUGCUGCCGGGCAUGGGCAAGCCUCAGCUGGACCCCUACCCCGCGGCCUACGCCGCCGCGCUAUGACCCCGCGGGGCCGCCUUGUGAGGACCGGUGUGCGCACGUGUACAUAUGUAUAGGUACGAGCUCCGCGGCCUCCCCGUGCGCCCUCCCGCGACGGGGGCCCCGGGUUGUAUGUACAUAAGAUGUAUAGGUGCAGGCAGAGGCGGAGAUGCCAGUCGGGGCGCGAGUGGCAGAGCGCGCGCGUGCUCGGGCGAGUGUGCGUGUGGAUUCACAGGAUCAUUUCAGACCCGCACUUCGGCAGCCCACUUUAAGGAGGGCGGUUGUAUCCGACAGCAGUUGAUGUUUGCUUUGCACUUCGGAACCUGUUGCGUUUGGGCCCAAGGAGGUGGAGGAGUAACUUUUUUUUUGACAUGUUGGGCUUUCCAGUUUUGUUUGUUGGAAGUUAAUUGUCGGUUUUGUUUUUGUUUCUCAUUAUCUUGUUUUUUUGUUUUUGUUUUUGUUUUUUUUGGGGGGGCUAUCCCCCUCCUGGUCUGUGUCGCAUGCACUCUGUUCAAGUGUUAGGUCUGAAAUGGCUGGCACACGGGAAAAGCUAAUCUGUGUCAUUAGUUUCUCAGAGCGAUACGGCUCUGAGCGGCCUUGCUCCCCAUUUGUACUUUUUGACUUUGCAAAUCUCUGUUCUCUCAAGCAGAACUCACAGACCGGAUCCAUUCUUGACCAGUGACCGGCUCCAAUCUGGCCUUUUGUAUGUGAGAUGAUCACGCUUUCUUUUGUUUAUCACGUCAUAUGCAAAUGAGAGCGAGAGCUCUUAAGAGCAAGGAAUGCAAACAAGAAAUCUGUGCGAGAUGAAAAGUUGUCAAUUCGAUUUUAUACCUUAAAACAACAACAACAACAGCUGAUAAGUCUCCCUGAGUCCACUUGCUCGGAUUUCUGACACAGUUUACAGAAAGAUAAAAGGCACUGUUCCUAUUUUCCCCUUAUGGCUGAGUUCACCUUAAGAUUGUAAAUGUGUAUAUGUCCGUGAAAACAUGGAGUCUGAAAAUGUGUUAUUUGCGUUGCCCUAAAUUUGAGUCAGUUUUAGACUCUAAAGCAUUUUGAGCAAAUGUCAAAGUUAACUUUUAAAAAUUGCGGGACUAUUUCAGAAUCGCAAUUUUAUCUAAGAUUAAAUCAGACUUUUUUCGUCUGAGUGGCAAUGAUAUAUUUAUUAUUUAGCAAAACUGGAAAAAAAACAGAAUUGUUUGACAGAUGUCUCUGAUUUUCAGCUAGCAUUUCUUCACCAACUUGAACCGCUUAAAUGUGUUUUGGAGUUCCUUCCCUAAUUAGCUUAUUUUUUAGAUUACCUGCAAUUCAUUUGCAAAUUAUGAUAAAACACAUUUUAGAGAAAAGAACCUCAACUAUAGCUUUUUGUUUCUUUUUAAAUGUAUAUAUUUUUGACUAAUGUUUGUGAAUGAAGUUGGCUAACAUGUAUUUAGUUUCAUUUUGACUUUAUGUAAUAUAAAGUUUUAAAAAGUUUAAGUAUUGGUUUUAACCUUUAUGUGUAAAUGGUUUUCUUGUGUGAUCUUCUAAUUUAAUAUUAGACGUCUAAACUAUAUCUGUAAAUUAGAAUCCGACUAUCACUCUGUUCAUUUUUUUUGAACAAAGAGUUUAAAUAAAGCCUGAACCAGGGAAAAGAGAAAAUCCUCUAUUUCUUGUUGAGUUCCUAACAAGAUUUUUAUCUGAAUUGCCCUUACGUGCCUGGUCCAGGUGAAGUGUAAGGUAUCCUCCAAAGGCAGCCUUUGUUUCACUUUUGAAUAGAUUUACUAGGAAAUCUAAAUCAAGCCAUUGUUAUUCAGAGCCAAAAACCUGAUUUAUCACAUUUUUAAUCGUGAAUAGGAAAGAAGAUAAAAAAAAAAAAACCCAAGUAGUUGUAUUAUCUUGGGGGGAAAAAAAAAGGCAUUCAUGAACCAGUAGAACAGAGCCCAUUGAAAACAUCCAGACCGUUCAAAGCAUUUCAUGAGUUUCCAGUAACAUUUUAAGAGAGGAAAGUUGCCUGACCACUUUAUCUUGUUAGUGGGAGAGCCCCACCACUUAAGUCAGUGUAAUGUGUUCACGUAUCUUUGGCAUAUUCCUUGUUUACACCUUAAGAUUUUAUUUGGAAGGCUAAUCACUGCUAACGAUGAUGUACAACUUUUGGCCUCUUAAGGGCUUUAUUCUGUCAUACCAAAUGGCAUUAAAAUAUAAGUAUUACAAAUUCUGCAGGAGAAGGUUGAAUUUCCAGGGCUAGACAAGUUUUCAUAUACAGGAUUUUCAUUUUAGAAAGGAAAUGACAGGGCACCAGGAAGACUAUCAGAGAAAAAAAAAAAUUUUUUUUUUAACUGUAGGAAUAUCUUGAUUUUCCGCCCACCAAGAAAGAAAUUCUCAAGAUACAGGACUCAACUAGUCCUAAACUAGUUUCCCCAUUGACAGAGACCAUCUCUGGGAGCUGCACGUCUUUAUAAGCGACCCAACUCUUUAAAGUCAUUGUUUUCCCCCAACGGAAUAAUAUUUUAAAAACCAUGAAAAGUUUUGGAAAUGUGAGAAAUAGGCUCUGCUGGUUUGACCCUGAUUCACUAAUUAAAACGAUCCCUCUCCUGUUAUUCCCUGAGCUCUUUGCAAUAUUAUAAGUUAAUUCAUAUGGUUCUGAGCGAUUAUGCAAAACUAAUUUGGACUGUCCAGGGGUAAUUAUCCCUGACACGGUUAAUUAAAUCCUUUCAAGGCUUCGUCUUUCCCUUUUGUAGCAGCCCAUCACUUCUCAACACGGAACUUCCUGCGGCUUGCUGGAAAUCACCCCAGCCCUAAAUCUUAGUUACCUCCCUGAGCCUUCCAGCUCGGGCCCCACCGGCUCCAAGAUUCCCCGCCCCCUCCCACCCCCUCCCUUUUUCCCAAAGAUCAGCGCUUUCUGGGAGCAAGGCUCCCGAGUGCUGAUGAAUAAGAAGAGGACUGGAAAGAUGAGUAAGAGGAGGGGGGAAGCCGCUGGGGGUGCGCACACAGGGUCACGUCGCCAACAGAUUGUGCGGCUGUUUGGUUGUUUGGGUAUGUCCGCAGGCCCCACGGGGGUGACCAGGUUAUCACCCCUCUGACUCCAGGAUUCUUGCCAACAGGUUACGUCUGGAGAAAACCUCGCUCUGAGUUAGACUGUGCAGAAGUAAGUGGGAGCGACUCUGGGGCAAGCGCGUGGAGAAGGAGCUAGGUGUGCGCGUCCACGUCUGAAAGUGGCCACAGACACAGAGCGGGGACGAGGCAGC